UCAUUAGUGCUUGGCGAGUGCAAGUGUUUGAAUAUGGCAUUAGCUGGCAUUAAAUUGUCUGCGCUAUUUACAUUGCUGCUGCCGCUAAUUACGGCGCGAUUGAUAGAUAAUUUAGUGACAAUUGGGCCCACUGAUGUUAUUCACGUGAAUGCGGGCGCCUUCGAGAGGGAGUUCCAUGAUGAAUUUGCCAAGUAUGAGAGAGAUAAUGUAACCACAAGUCGUCUUAAUGAGAUGAUAAGACUCUUCAGUGAUUCUCUCUACAAAGUGCUGAUUGUCGAUGAUAUUCCCAAUGCGAGAAAUCCGCAACUUUGUCUCAAGUGUCGCGCUGUUACGUACACAUUUCUCGGCUUCAAUGCAACUGGAGCCGAUGAUGAAUCUCUCGAGAGGAUUGCCAAUGAUCUCUGUCUCUUGCUCAAACUCGAAGGAACCGAGGCUGUGUGUCGAGACACAAUUGCCACAUUCAAACCGACUAUGUUGUACAUUCUGCGCAACACAGGAAACACUCUCCCGGACAGAAUCUGUGGCAUUCUCUAUCAAUCCUUCAAUUGUGGCUCCAUUGAGGAUCUGUACGAGGAGUUCCCGGUGACAUUCCAGCGUCCCACGCAUCCGCGGAACACUUCGAGCAAAGCCACUCCAGCGCACAAUCACAGCGAUAGGAAUCUCACGAUCCUCCACUUGACUGACUUCCACUACGAUCCUCUGUACGCCGUGGGAUCGGCUGGGAACUGCAAGGAGGGCAUUUGCUGUCGAGGAGAUCGCGUUGCACACGAUGGAGCUGGAUUCUGGGGUGAUUAUCGUGGAUGUGAUUCUCCGUGGCACACACUGAAGAAUGUUGUGCAGGAAAUCAAGAGAAGAUACUCCAAAAUCGAUAUGAUCUACUUCACGGGCGACAUUAUCGACCACUUCAAGUGGGCGACAUCGGUGGCGGGUAAUAAAGAGUCUAUCACGAAUCUCACACAACUCUUCAAGAGUGCUUUCCCAGGAAUUCCCCUGUAUCCAGUGUUGGGAAAUCAUGAAUCUCAUCCGGCAAAUACAUUCGCUCCGUCCAGUGUUGAGGGUGAAAACAUCUCCAGCCAGUGGCUGUACGAGCAUGUGGCGGACAUUUGGAGCGAUUGGCUUCCUCGGGCGGCCCUCGAGACCCUCAGAGAAGCUGGCUACUACACAGUCAAGCUCUACAAUGGCCUCCGCAUUGUGGCCAUCAACAACAAUUUCUGCUACCACACAAACGUCUGGCUUCUGCACAACACCACGUACUUCGCCCAGCAGCUCGAGUGGCUGCAAGAGGUGCUGCAGAGGGCCACGACAGCCCGGGAGAAGGUGCACAUCAUCUCCCACAUUCCAGCGAAUGAGAGAGACUGCUUCGGACCGUGGGCGAGGGAGUAUCGGAAGCUGGUGGAGAAGUUUUCUCCCAUCAUCAGUGGUAUUUUCAAUGGGCACACCCACGAGGAUGAGUUUAACGUGUUCUAUUCCAAAAGCGAUCCAUCAAAGGCACUGAACGUGGCCUGGAAUGGUGGCAGUGCCACCACAUUUGCAUACUUCAACUCCAAUUUCAGGAUGUAUUAUGCUGAUCUGACCAACUUUGAAGUGCUGGAUUACGACACGUGGUGGUACAAUCUCACCGAGGCGAACCUGACGCCGACCAGGAGGCCAACGUGGCACUCCUACAGCUUCGCCCGCGAGUACGGGCUGAAGAGCCUGAGUCCGGCGAGUGUGGACAAGCUGGUGAGGGAGUUGGCGGCGGACAAGAAUAAAUUACUCUCGUACUGGAAGAGAAAAGUCAAGUAUUCCGAUGCCCAACUGAGUCAGGGAUGCGAUGAUGACUGCCUCACGGACACUCUGUGUGAUAUUGUUUUUGUGGAGCAUGGCGACAAUGUGAAAUGCGAGGAACUCUUGAAAAUAUUCUACAGUUAAU